AUGGUGGUAGUGGUGGCUUUCCUGCUAAUGCUGCUACCUCAUCUGGCAUGCAAAGCUCUUACAACAAACUGCAGAACCAGUGAACCAAUCCCUAUUUUUCACAAGUAUCUUCAGCCAGAAGGACUUAUCAUUGGUGGCAUUACUUCUCAGGUCUUUAUGCCUACUGAACCUAUGGAGUUUUCGGAACACCCUGAUCUCUCCAUAAUUGGUGAAUACAUUGUACUGGCUAAGAAUUACCAACAUACCCUGGCCUUGGUAUUUGCUAUCAAGGAGAUCAAUGAAAACCAGCAGAUCUUACCUAAUAUCACCUUGGGCUUCCACAUCUAUGAAAGCUACUCGAGUGCAACAUCAACCUAUCUUGCCACAAUGAAACUUCUCUCCACACAGAGCAGAUUUGUUCCCAACUACAAGUGCAGUAUCUGGAACAAUCUGAUAUCUGUCAUUGGGGGCCUUUACUCUGAAACCUCCCUCCACAUGGCAAAGAUAUUGAGCAUCUACAAAGUUCCACAGCUCGCAUAUGGCUCUGUUCCAUUCAUGAAUGAAACACCUGAAGUCCAUUCCUUCUACCAGAUGGUCCCUAAUGAAGCGUAUCAAUAUAUGGGGAUUCUCCAACUACUGUUGCACUUCAGGUGGACAUGGGUUGGGGUCUUUGCUAAAGAUGAUGACAAUGGUGAAAGGUUUGUACAAGGCAUAGUCUCCAUGUUUCAUCAGAGAGGAAUCUGUCUUGCUUUCUUGGAAAGAAUCAUGACAGUUUACAUCGGGAACAUUUUCAACCUGCUGAAUUGGAUGACAACAACAUAUAGUGUUUUGUUGCAAAGCCAAGCUAAUGCAUUGAUUGUUUAUGAAGAACAUAUCAUAAAUUUAAGAUGGUUGCUACAUCUACCAGAAAUGGAAUGGGUGGUGAUGCCCCCUAAUGGUAAAGUGUGGAUUGUGACAGUCCAGCAGGAGCUUAUUGCAUUACCUUUUCAAAAGAAUUGGGGUAUAUUAACUAUGCAUGGUGCUCUGUCCUUUGCCAUUCACUCAAAUGAUGUACUAGGAUUCCAGAAUUUCCUUUACACAAGGAACCAUGCAUUGACCAAAGAAGAUGGCUUUAUCCAGGUCUUCUGGGAACAGGCAUUUGAUUGUGCAUUUCCAAAUCCAUUUGAUAGCAAGAAACCUAAUGAAACAUGCACUGGGGGAGAGAAGCUGGGGAGCCUUCCUGGAGCUUUAUUUGAAAUGAACAUGGUUGGGCACAGCUACAAUAUCUAUAAUGCUGUCUAUGUCGUGGCACAUGCUUUGCAUGCCAUGCAGUCAAGCAAACCCAAACACAGAACAUUGGUGACCCUUCAAAAUCAACAGCCAUGGCAGCUCCAUCACUUUCUGAGAAGAGUCUCAUUUAACAACAGUGUUGGGGAUGAGAUUUCUUUUGACCAGAAUGGGCAAUUGAUAGCUGGAUUUGAUAUUAUAAACUGGAUCACUUUCCCAAACCAAUCAUUUCAUAGAGUGAAAGUUGGAAAUCUGAAUCCUCAGGCACCUGAAAGCAAGAUGUUCACCAUUCAUGAUGAUGUCAUCACAUGGCACAACAGUUUUAACCAGGUAUUGCCUAUCUCUGUGUGUACUGACAGCUGCUAUCCUGGAUAUUUCAAGAGAACACAGGAGGGGAAGCCAUUUUGUUGCUAUGAUUGUGUGCCAUGUCCAGAAGGGAAAAUUUCAAGCCAGAAGGACAUGGAUGACUGUUGUAAAUGUCCAGAAGAACAAUAUCCAAACAAGGACCAAGAUGUAUGUAUCCUUAAGGAAAAUCACUUCCUGUCUUAUAAAGAACCAUUAGGAAUCAGUUUAAUUAUUUUGUCACUUUCUUUAUUUUUGUUCACAGCUUUGGUUCUAGGAACAGUUAUGAAGCAUCAUGACACCCCUAUCAUCAAAGCCAAUAACCGGAGCCUUACCUACACUCUGCUUAUCUCCCUAUUGUUCUGCUUCCUCUGUGCUUUGCUAUUUGUUGGCCCACCUGAGAGGGUUACAUGUCUCCUACGACAAAUUAGUUUUGGCAUUGUCUUCUCAGUGGCUCUUUCUUGUGUAUUAGCAAAAACACUCACAGUGGUUUUGGCUUUCAGAGCUACUAAACCAGGAAGCAGGGUGAGGAACUGGGUGGGGAAAAAACUGGCCAAAUCCAUUGUUCUUUCCUGCUCCCUUAUUCAAGGAGGGAUUUGUAUUAUAUGGCUGGCAAUCUGUCCUCCAUUCCCAGAUGCUGACAUGAACUCAGUGACUGAAGAAAUUAUAUUGGAAUGUAAUGAGGGAUCAGCUAUCAUGUUUUACUGUGUUCUGGGCUACAUGGGCAUCUUGGCCAUUGUCAGCUUAAGUGUUGCUUUUCUUGCCAGGAAGUUACCUGACAGUUUUAAUGAAGCCAAAUUCAUCACUUUCAGCAUGUUGGUCUUUUGCAGUGUUUGGUUAUCAUUUGUCCCAACCUACUUGAGCACCAAAGGAAAAUACAUGGUAGCUGUGGAGAUCUUCUCCAUCUUAGCCUCCAGCGCUGGUUUGCUUGGUUGUAUCUUUUCCCCAAAGUGUUACAUUAUUGUGCUGAGGCCUGAGUUGAACAACAGGGAACAACUAAUUAAGAGAAAAUAUUAG